AUGGAAACCAAGUUCCAAACCUCAGUUUUACUUGAAUUAUCAGCAACAGAUGAUAUUGAAGCUUUCAAAACUGAAGUAGAACAAAAGGGUUGUGAUGUAAACGAGGCAGGGUUUUGGUAUUGUAGAAAAAUUAGAUCAAAGAAGAUGUGUUACGAAAAGAAAACACCCCUUAUGGUUGCUUCUCUGUUUGGAAGCACUAGGGUUGUGAAAUAUAUCAUUGAAACAAACAUGGUUGAUGUCAACACGCCAACUGGUUCUGAAAAUGUUACUGCCUUACAUUGUGCUAUUGCUGGUGGCUCUGAAUCGACCCUUGAAAUUGUUAAGCUCUUGGUUGAUGCUGGAGCAGAUGUUAAUUCCCUUGAUGAAAUAAUUAAGCAGAAAUUUUCAGUGGUGAAUUCAAAAGAAUUAGUAGGUGAGAAGAAAGAAUAUCCUAUGGAUAUAUCAUUGCCUGAUAUAAACGACGGUGUUUUUGGAACGGAUGAGUUUAGAAUGUAUAGUUUCAAGGUGAAGACGUGCUCAAGGGGUUACUCUCAUGAUUGGACUGAGUGUCCAUUUGUUCAUCCAGGUGAGAAUGCUAGAAGGAGAGAUCCGAAGAAGUACCUUUAUAGCUGUGUUCCGUGUCCCGAGUUUCGCAAAGGGACAUGCCACAACAAAGACGCAUGUGAGUAUUCACAUGGUGUUUUUGAGUCCUUGCUCCAUCCUUUACAAUACAGAACAAGGCUUUGUAAAGAUGAGAUAAGAUGUUCAAGAAAAGUGUGUUUCUUUGCACACAAACAUGAAGAGUUGAGGCCUUUGUAUGCUUCUACUGGUUCAGCUAUGCCUUCACAAGAGUCUUUACCAACUUCAAAUGUUUCAACUCCACUUAUAUCUUCAUUAAUGGUAGCUGCUUCAUCUCCCAACAGUGAAAACUUGUGGCAGAAUAAAAUCAAUCUUACUCCACCUUCCUUGCAGCUUCCUAAUAGGCAGCUGAAAAGUGCUUUGAGUGCAAGAGAUUUGUAUCAAGAAACGGACCUGUUACAGGGUGUUUCAAUGCAACCAUCAACUCCUACUCAAUUGCAAUCAAUGAAUAGGCUUCGGUCGAACCAAAACAGGAACCAUGUUCAAGCAAGUUAUCCUAUCAAUAACUUUGUUUCCUCUCCUGUAAGAAAAUCAUCAGCUUGUGGAUAUGAUUCAUCUGCUGCUAUGGCUGCAGCAGUGAUGAAUUCAAGAUCUUCAGCCUUUGCGACACGAAGCCAAAGUUUUAUGGAUCGUGGUGUGGCACGACACCAUAUCAGUGCUUCUGAAUCCAACAGAAGGAUGAACUAUGGAUUUUCUGAUAGGAUGUCUCAUGAUGGGGAUGAUCUGAACAAGUUCAAAAAAUCUGCUUCUUUUGGAUUUAGAAAUAACAUGGCAGGUGUGUCACAGCCAGAGUAUGUUGAACCGGAUGUCUCUUGGGUUCAUUCUUUGAUUUCUUCCGAGAGUUCUGAGAUAUUUGGUGCUAAGAAGCAGAAUUAUGAUCUCUAUAAACAUUUGUCAUCACCCUGGGCAGAGCAGAUUGUAGCAUAA